AUGUUAGAGUCUAGAUAUGGCGGGGACGAUGCAGGCAGGAGAAAGUACGUCGCYGGUAAAUGRCUACAAUUUCAAAUGUCGGACGAUAAACCGUUGAUGGAUCAGGUUCAUGAGUACGAGAACCUAGUGGCAAGUGUGUUGUUUGAAGGCAUGAAGAUGUGCGAGAUUCUUCAGGCCAAUGUGUUGCUCGAGAAAUUUYCUCCUUCCUGGAAUGACUAUCGCAACCACCUGGAACAUAAGAAGAAGGACUUGACUCUACAAGAGCUGAUYAGUCAUGUGCUCACGGAGGAAGCCAAUAGGCUAAAGGAUAAGCUCUCUUCUCAAUCCUUAAAUUCAGUUAAAGUUAAUUUAGUUGAAUCUUCUAGUGCUUCCAAAGAUAGGUUCAAAAGAAAGGGGAAGCCAAUUGCAAGGGAUAGAGCUCAAAAGAACAAAGGUCUCCGACCCAAAAAUAUUGGUGGAAGAAUGGAGAAAUSAAAACUGGUAUGCUAUGUCUGUGAAAAACCUGGGCACAAAUCCUAUCAGUGCACCCAGAAGAAAGAUAGGAAAGAUCAAAGGAUUGCUCCACAAGCCAACAUUGUAGAGACUGRYAAUAUCAUUGCURCUGUAGUUGUGGAAGCAAAUUUGGUAGAGAACAAAUCUAACUGGAUUCUUGACACGGGAGCGUCCAGACAUUUCUGCCUGAAUCGUGACCUCUUCCACGACUUUCAGGACUCCGCUAAUGGUGAAUGUGUUUUCAUGGGGAACCGGCCACAACUGGAGUAYUUGGGAAAGGGAAGAACUGGUGGUGAAUCUAGUGGUAUUUCAAAAACUGCAUGUAUGUCAUCGCCCUCCACUUCUCUUGAUAUGAUAGACCUUGAACCUAGAUCCAAUAAUGCAAUAGAUUCUGAAACUAGGAGAAGUAAAAAGCAAAAAGUUAGUAAAAGCUUCAGACAUGACUUCCUAMCUUUCUAUCUAGUAGAAAACUUUGACAAGAUAGAUUAUCGAUUUGCUUGCAUGUAUUUGAUAGAUGAAGAUCCUACAACCUACCAAGAAGCUAUAAAUGCCUUAGAUUCUAGCGUAUUGAAAGAAGCUAUUAAAAGUGAACUUCCGUAG